UGGCGGUACGCUGUUAAACCAAGAGAGAGAAGAAAGAGAAGAUGCUUCCGGAAGUACACAACACAACACAACACAACACACACCGAGCACGCUCAUUUCCUCCGGGCAUGUCCAAACGUUUGGGAGAGAUCAUGGAAGCUGUAAAGGAAGAAGUGAAGUCAUAUUUACCAGGCAUACCUGAUGCCUUGCUGUCUAUGAUGCUUGACGAGGCUGGAGUGGAGUGCUUGGAAGAUCUUCAUACGGUGGAGGAGAAGGAUCUGGUCAAAUACCUGAAACCACCCGAGUGUCGAAAACUGCUGAAUGGCAUUAAGAAAGGGAGUCUACAAGCCACCGCCACUCGCAAAGGCUGCAGGAGAUUGCUAAGGAGGCGGCGAAGGAUGCUCAUUGGUGGGGGUUUCAUUGUGGACCGUCCGGACAGAAAAGGCAGGACGGCGCUGCAUGAGGCAGCCGAAGCCGGCAGUGUGGACUGCCUGAAGGAGAUUUUGUCUUUCGGCGCUGUGACUGCCAGCUCAUCCUCGGAGUUCCACGCCUACGUCAACUCUACCACCUUUAAGAGGGAGUCUGCAUGCUACCUGGCAGCGCAGCGUGGCUACCUGGCAGCAGUCCACAUCCUCCUGAAAGCUGGCGCCAACAUCAACCAGUGCACCAACGACCUUGCUUGUCCUCUCUAUGCAGCGGUCAGGAGCAACCACAAGGAUGUGGUGCAGCUGCUAGUGACCAAAGGCGCCAAGGUCAAAGCAACGCACACGGCUUCCUGCUGGACCUGCCUUCAUGUGGCCGUGCAUAAUGGUUCCACUGGUGUCUUGCGCAUGCUGGCGCCCGUGGCCGACCUGGAGGCACGCAAUGACCGCAGAAUCACAGCUCUCUUCCUGGCUGCAGAAGUUGGACAGCAGGAAUGUCUGGAGAUCCUCGUGAAUGCUGGUGCCAACGUCAACACCAAGGCUGCCACCGGGUGCACCCCACUGCUGAUUGCCUCUGAGGAGGAUCACAUGGAAUGUGUGGACUUCCUGUUGGAUCACGGGGCCGACCCGAACAAAGCCUGUAUUCAAGCUUGGCCGAGGCUUCCCAUUCACGCCGCCGCCCAGUUUGGCCAUUGCGAUAUCCUCAGGAGACUCAUACCCGUCACGGACCGUGUCUGCGACCGCGGCAUGGACUUGGUGAGUCCGCUCUACUUAGCUGUGCAAAGCGACAAACUGGAGGCUGUGGAGCUGCUUCUGCGUGAAGGUUUCAGCCCCUAUGGACAAGAUUGCACCUGCCUCCUAGGCUUCAACUCGCCAUUCUCCGCAGCCUUAUGUAGCAAUUUUUUAUUAACAGGCGUGUUGACGCUGCUGUUGGAGGCCGGAGUCCGUCUGAGCGAAAAGGAAUGGACUCACGUGUUCACUCUCCACUUUGAGGAGUCGCUGAAGGAGGUGCUCACUUGCAGAUGGAUCCUGCCUCCGCAGAUCCUGAGUGACGAAUUUGGUGUGAUGCGUCGCAAGGGCGUGACUGUGCUGAGGCUGCAGGAGCUGAGGGACAUGUUGUGCGUGGCACUCAACAACAUUCACUCUGCCGCCUACUGGCUUCCCCAGCUGCUGAAGGCGGGACUCGAACCUACAUUGCUGCUGCAACCAUGCAUGCUGGAGGAGGCCCACAGCGACGUUCUCAAUUAUCUCCUCCACUUUGUAAACUGGUCCACAUUGUCGGCCUCUUUGAAAGUCAUUCUGUGUCGAAGACAGGCAGAGACGACGUGGCGACCACACCCACAGUUUGACUCCACCCCCAGUCUGUCUGACUUGUGCCGGCUGCAGGUCAGAUCACUGAUUGGACCGGACCUCGUCAUGAGGACAGACCAUGUCCAGCUGCUCCCCGUGCCCUCCUGCCUCCACGACUUCCUUGGGUUCAGGGACAUUCCGGAGCCCUAUUAUGAUGAGCUGUCAUUUGUAGAUCACAGACAGGGAACACACCAGCACAGACAUGUUCUGUAACAUUCCGUAAUGUGGGAAUCUUUGGCCAAAUGGAGCAGCAACGGGAAAGUUGAUCCCUGUCUUGAAAUAAAAUUGACGUUGUUUUGAACAAAGUUGGUCUACAUAGGUGGCCUCAUUACAUUUAACCAACUUAUGGUUUUUAUAUGAACCAGAAGGAGCUUUUGUUUAAUUCAACAAAAUGAAAGUGUGUGCUCUGUUGACAUAUUUCUAUGCUGUUUGUUUGCUUCAUAGCAUUGGUCCAAAUCAUUGCCAGUCACAUGAACAGCAUCUCUGAUUGUUGGACGACACGUUUUCAGGGGCUUAGCAAGGAGGGUUCUUGUACUAUUUGUAAGGUAAGACAAAUAAAUUGCAAAUCAAUAAUAGCUAACAAAAAUAUAAAUGAAUGCCAAAUACAUGACAAUUAGCAAGCCAUGUUAAUAAAGGUUAAAUAAUAAAACAAAUUAAAUGCCAAAACAGCUGCAAUAAUGACUUCAGAUCUUUGGUUGACACAUCACAGCAUAUCAUAGAAGUCCCCAUGCACAUAUACUUGUAGCAUAGGAAUAACAUCAUCCUUAACAUUCCUCAUUUGCAUUAACGAAAGUCACCCGGUCAAACUGAGCUUUAUAUGAAGCCAAAUCAAGUUCUGGUUUAAGCAUGUUUAAACAUGUUUUUCGUGCCAUUUAAUAAAAUUCAACCAUCAACUAGCCUGUUUUCUUGGAUAAAGGUUGUACCUUUCUGAGAAAAAUGAAGUCUUGUGUUUCUUGUCCUGACCAAACGAAAUGACAAACAUGGCCGUGUUUUGUUGUUUCAAGGCCUGGUUUAACCUGAGACCAGCCAAGGACAAGCGUCCACGGUGUAUUGUAAAGUGAGGAGGAUGUUGAUAUUACACUGAAAUGGUCGCUAAAAAAAGAAGUGAGGUAAGGGAGGAUCGAAUGGAGCGCUGCAGUGUGACACACAAGCUCCCCCAAAUCUGUACGGACAUCCAAGAAAGACAAAGAGCCUGCGGCACUGUUCUGUUAUUAUUUUCAAUGUAACACAGACUACCAGAAUAAAGGGUGUCAGUAAAUAAUGCAAGCUUUCUUCUACAGAUGUCAAAAUCUCUUGCAAAAAAAGCAAACGCUUUCAGACUGGAACUAUUUAAUACUAUUUAAUAAAAGGGUCUGAAAGGUUCUUAGCAGGUUAGCAGACCACUAAGGAGGAGGAGGUAUUAUAUGACGUUAAUUUUAAGGUAAUGAUGAAGCAAAGACGAUCAAGCAGUUGUUAAAAACAUGAAAAACGUGUAAUUUUGUCUUUGUCUUUGAUUUUGUCUUAAAAAUAUUCUUGCAAAAACAGGUCUUAAAGGUGAAUAAAGACUGGUAGUGACUCACAUUACCCUAUUGCCAUAUGAAAGUGAAAUCAUUUUUUAC